ACAUCUCGAGUGGCCUCGAUGACACAGGGUCCAUUCGGUGGCCUUUGUUUGGAUGUCUCACCUUCACCUAUGUCACCAUGUACAUCAUGCUGUUUAAGGGUAUCCGUGUUACGGGCAAGAUCGUGUACGUAACCUUCAUGUGCCCCGUGCUUGUGUGUGCGGUCUUCCUAAUACGGGGCUCCUUGUUGCCAGGGGCGACAGAUGGAAUAUUUUAUCUCAUGAGACCAGACUUUGGACAGCUAAAAAGCCCUAACAUAUGGAUCGAGGCGUGUGGCUAUGCCCUUCACUCGAUGGGAACCAGUACAGGGAUCGCCAACACAAUUUCCAGUCACAAUCAGCGAAGCAGUAACUGCUACAGGUAAGGGGAGCGGGGUAUUAAAAAUUCCAGAGGGCC